UCGGGCUGGGCAGCGGGCAGAGCACGUCGGGCUGGGCAGCGGGCAGAGGCACGUCGGGCUGGGCAGCGGGCAGAGGCACGUCGGGCUGGGCAGCGGGCAGAGGCACGUCGGGCUGGGCAGCGGGCAGAGGCACAGGCACGGCAGCGGGCGCGGAGUCAUCUGGCACGACAGCGGGCGCCGAGUCAUCUGGCACGACAGCGGGCACCGAGUCAUCUGGCACGACAGCGGGCACCGAGUCAUCUGGCACGACAGCGGGCACCGAGUCAUCUGGCACGACAGCGGGCACAGAGUCAUCGGGCACGACAGCGGGCACCAAGUCACCAAGCUCGACAGCGGGCACCGAGUCAUCGAGCAGAACAGCGGGCGCCGGGUUACCAAGCUCGACAGCGGGCGCCGAGUCAUCUGGCCCGACAGCGGGCACCGAGUCACCGGGCA